ACUGAUUGUCAUUCAGUUCAGCCCGAUUCUCGUUCGCCCGCAGAGCUCCGAUUUUAUUCUAUAUUAUAUAUCUGAUAUUUACUCAAAUUUGUAUCAAAUAUGAAUACGUGCCACGACAAUCGUUGCACCUUCGACGAGGGUAUGAACGCGUCCGUAAGCCACACCAAGGAUCGCAAGAUGAAGGAGUCGGCAAAGAAGCCACCAAUGGUGGCCGUUCUCAGGAAGAUGCCGCCAAAGCCGCAGAAGGCAACACGUCUAUUCCAGCCGAAGGUGGAGAACAAGUUCAGUUCGACCAUUGCAUUGGCUGCUCCCAAAAAGGACCGAGUGAAGGACAUCAAGGUAGCCGAACGGUCAGAAUUCGAACCGAUACAAAAGAACAUACUUCGCAAAACCGGACGCAAUCGUCCUGGUGACCGACUCUUUGAUCGCCGAUCAGGAUCGAAUCGCACUGGCGUCAAGGCGGUGGACAAACGCAAUGGAGCCGGUGCCCACAACUGGGGAUCCCUGCAGCAGGAGAUUGACUUGCGCCAGAAAACCAAUUCGCACGCCUUUGCCUUCGAGAUGAAGUUACCAAAGGUAUCGAGUUGCGCUGAUAACAACGAUCCAGUGGAGGAGCCGGAACAAUACACUCUUGACGAGUGGCGUGCCAUGCAGGCCCAGAAAAAGCGGGUAUUGCAGAAGUUUAUAAUGGCUGAUUCCGGUGGAAAGGAUGUGGCAAAGGGGGAUUCCGGAGAAACUGGAGAAGCCGAUGGACCAGGCGAAACUUCCACCAAAGCCGCUGAGGAAACAGGAGGAACUGAACGUUCAGGAGAUACUGAAACAGCGGGCGGGUCUGAAGGAUCCGGAGAAACCGAAACAGCUGAGGCAACUGGAGAACCUGACGGAUCCGGAGGAUGUGGAGAAUCUGGAGGAUCUGGAGGAUCUGGCGAAUCGGAAGAGCUUGAAGAUGAAGGCGAAGGCGAUGGAAUAUCCGCUGAUCGCCAGCUGUACGUGGUUGAUAUCCUGUUAAAUUUCCACACUGAUCAAGGCAUUAUUCCUUAUCGCUUGAAAUUUAUCUAACUUGCUUGUCUUUGA